AUGUUCAGUCUUACUAUCUCUCUCGUGGUGGACGCAUCAGAACUGAACGCUCUCUCUCUCUCUUUCUCUCUCUCUCUCUCUGUCUCUCCGCCAGUCAUACAGCACCAUACAUCAUUCUCACGCCACCUCCUCCUCCUCCUCCUCCUCCUCCUCCUCCUCGCCCAUCACCCCGCCCGGCUGUCUCCUUGUGCGUGUGUGUGUGUCUACAAGUGUGUCUGUGUGUGUGCGUGUCCCUCAGCCCAUGUGUUUGGUUUAAAGGGCGUGUAUAGACAUAAAGAAGAAGAAGAAGAAGAAGAAGAAGAGGAGGAAGAGGAAGAAGAAGAAGAAGAGGAAGACUGACAGUGAUAAGUGAUAAGUGUUGUGAAAAGAGAAACAGGAACUUAUAAAACUGAAAAGUGAUUAAAAGUGUGUGUGUGUGUGUUACUACUACUACUACUACUACUACUACUACUACUACUACUACUAUUAAAAUUACGAGUGAAGAAAAGGAGUAAAGAAGAAGAAGAAGAAGAAAUAGUACAACAACAACAACAACAACAACAACAACAACAACAACAACAACAAGACGCCACACACGCACGCACGCACGCACACACCACUCCAGUCAGCUGUAGUGGUGGUGGUGGUGGUGGUGGAGGUGGUGAUGGUGGUUGAGGGGGUGCCGCCCCCUCCACCCUAACAUGAGUGGGCCAGAGGGUGGCGGGAGUGGAGGGGCCCGUGAGGUGCACAAAAAUGGAUGGCUCAAAAAAAUGCCUACACAAGAGAGGCGUUUGUCUGUCAUGGCGCCGUUUACAAAGCCAGCCAAGGGAGAGAGAGUAUGGGUCUCCUUCUGUGUACACGAUGAAACAGAAGGCUGGUUAGAAUUUUACGAGAACCGCCGCUCAGCCUUCAGUCACAACCCGCUACAGAGAACAUCCUUGUCCCGCUGCCUCCACGUGUCACCGUCCAUUCGUGUCCAUGAAGAUAAUGAACAUGUGUUUGCCAUUACGCUGGAGGGAGAGAUCAUCAAACUAGGCGCCCAAAGCAGGGAACAGAUGCUUGAGUGGAUAGACGCCCUUCGGAGCCGCCUGAGGGAGCUAGGAGUGCUGACCCCGAAGGACAACCUCUACAGCAGGGAACCCGAGGGUGGGUUACGCUCCCCCAUGCUGCGUAACCCUGCCAGCCCCCUGCCCCCUACCCCCACCGCCUUUCAGUUCCCCCCCACGCCAUGGAGUUCAGAGCCAGCAUCACCCUUCCAGCCUUGUCCUCUCUGCACAGCCUCAAUUCUGUGUCCUCUGGUCAUUCAUCUGACCCCAACACUAUCCCCCUCCUCCGUGGUGACCUACGUAAGGCCAGACUACCCACCCCUCAACAGGAGGUCCUCGUUCCGUGCCUCGUUACCCAGCUCCCCAACCACCCCAGCCAGCAGCACAGGGUUCCCUCACCUAUCUGCGCUCACCUCCAGGCCCCCAGUGGGCGCCGCAUUGGAGUCCAGCGGGAGUAUGGCGUCCUCACAGCUGUACGGGGCGCCCCACACACCAGUCACCCCACACACCCCAGACACACCAUUGGGAGAGCAAGAAACACCAGUGGACUUGUACCCUGCGGAACCAAACACCUUUCAUUUACGAAUUGGUGGUGGAGCGGUAUGGAUGAGAGUUCAUAUGAGCCACUUUUCCUUGCCACCAGUGAUGUACCUCCUACAGCCCCGCAAGCACCACAGACAGGGCUGCUCAGGCGUCGGUCAGAGCAUAGAAGGUCUGGUAGGAGGGAAAAUGCUCGCCGUGCUGCCUCUGUGGGUCCAGCUAUCACGCCGCGGCCACAUCAGGGAGGCGCAACAGGAGGCGGCAGCGGAGGAGGAAGCGGCGGAGGCGGAGGCGGGAGGCGGAGGAGCAGGAGGAGGAGGAGGAGGAGGAGGAGGAGGAGGAAGCACACAAGGACAACAGCAGCAGCAGAGCCAGUACCAGGUUGGACAAGAUGGAAGAUUGAUGAGUUUAAGAGAACAACAAGUUAUAAGACUCCAGAGAGAGAUCGCACACCAAGCGGGAGUCCGACUCACGCUGCGGAAGAAGGACUGCUGUAACACUGUAGCGUUUGUGAAUGUGUUUGAUCAUGUGUACGUGGCGGGGUGGAAGCAAAGAGAGCAUCCGUACCUCCACAAUACCUUCCACAUAGGCGAUAAACUGGUCAGCGUAUGUGGAGUGCAGGUCACCAAUGCAGCAGAGGUCAACACUAUUAUUAAGAAUGAACCUAGUGCUAUGAUUGAGUUUAUCAUUCGGCGGGUUCCCCACGGCAAAGUAUUCGCCCUGAAGAGAGAGACGGAGGGGCAGCCGCUGGGGGUGAUCAGGGAGGGAAACUCCGCGGAAAUUAAAGAGAUCGUGCCUGGCGGACUGGCUUGUCUACAUGGCGUGCCCCCGAAGGCUCAAACGGUAGACUCUCUCUCCAUGUGCUCUUGGGUGCUGACGGAGAUAAACCACCGCCCCCUCAACCUCUUUUUCAAGCACAUGGAAAUAGCAGACCGCCUGAAUGCUGUGGGACGCGAUAUCUCUAUACUUGUCCAACCCAUAGACCUAGUCAAGCAACUGAAGAAGGGACUCAAGAGUAUGAAGGCGUACAAGGAUUAUAUCGUUAUGUGAGAGAGAGAGAGAGAGCGAGAGAGAGAAUUAGUGUGUGUGGUGUUUGUUUUGUGUAGUAUUAGUAGUAGUAAUUGUUGUUGUUGUUUUAGUUGUAGUAGUAGUUGUGACAGUAGUAGUAGCAGUAGUAGUAGUAGUAGUAGUAGUAGUAGUAGUAGUAGUAGUAGUAGUUAGUUGUAGUGGUAGUGGUGGUGAAUGUGCGUGUGCUUGAGAGAGAGAGAGAGAGAGAGAGAGAGAGAGAGAGAGAGAGAGAGAGAGAGAGAGAGAGAGAGAGAGAGAACAACUGACCGAGCGAAAGAGAGAGAGAGAGAGAGAGAGAGAGAGAGAGAGAGAGAGAGAGAGAGAGAGAGAGAGAGAGAGAGAGAGAGAGAGAGAGAGAGAGAGAGAGAGAGA